CCUCUCUCUUACAUCUUGGUGUUUACUGUCACGACUACACGUGGGAUGAACGAUUCCUGAUUCGUUGCGCAAUGUACUAUUAUACAAGGAGCUCUUAAGCAAGAAAGAUGAAGUCCUGGGAGCGGUUUAUUUUUCCACUGGUGCUGGUUUGGUUGUCGUUAGGUAUUGUGGUCGAAUGCUGGGACCGCUCAUCAUCGGUGUCCACGGCGACAGAUGCGUCUGAGCAACCACGACAGUACGCUGAAGGCAAUACAUUCACUGGGAAAGGGGGUCAGCAAGAUGUACCGGAUGGUAGAGAUCUUGUGGAAUCAGCCCUACAGAAGCUCCGAGACGUUAAGAUAUCUCUAGUCGCACGCGAGAAACCUUCCGGCUUAGCGGGCUAUGCGUUUUAUUAUGCCAAACAUGCCUUCUAUCUUUUAUUUAUGAACGGGCCCCCGUUGGACGAAAAUUCGGAUUCGAAACAGCGUCCACGUAAAUUGGAUCCAGGUCUGACGCAAGCGGUUGACGAGUUGGAGCUUGCCGCGAGGGAAAGACACAACCCGGAUGCGAUGUUUUUGCUGGCUGAGAUGAACUUUUACGGCAAUUUCUCACACCCACGUAACUUUAAGGAGGCUUAUCGGUGGUAUAAUGACCUUGCAUUGUUGACAGGUAAUAGCACGGCUCAAUAUAUCGUUGGAUUUAUGCACGCCACGGGCAUUGGUGAUGCUGUGGACCGCGACCAGGGCAAUGCGUUACUAUAUCAUAAAUUUGCUGCUGAGCAAGGGAACACCAGAUCAGAAAUGACUCUCGCCUAUCGGCACCAUGUUGGUAUCGGAACACACCGAAACUGCGAUCAAGCCGCACACUACUACAAACGAGUUGCGGACAAGGCCAUUUCGUACCUGCGUUCUGGCCCUCCUGGCGGCCACCAUAUUUCUCGAGAGUCUUAUCGAUGGGCUGAUAUUCAAGGAGGAGUAUAUGGAGAAGGCGCAAGCGUCUCGAGUUCCGGGCAAAACGCGAACAAUGGCGCACAGCAAAAUGCACGCGCCAACUUGGAAGACCUCCUGGAGUACUUGGACCUACUGUCUAAGAAAGGGAUGUUGCAAGCGACAUUAAGUCUCGGCAAGAUGCAUUACGACGGCGAAAGAGGUUUGCCUCGAAACUAUAAUAAGGCCAUGAAAUACUUUAAGGCGGUCACAAAGCGCUAUUGGUCCAGCGAAGGCGCCAUUCUUGCGAGCCACCCUGUGGGCAUUGAGAUAUAUGCCGCGACGGCUGCUGCACACAUUGGUAUGAUGCAUCUACGAGGGGAAGGCGUCAAGCAGAAUUUCAACCUUGCCAUGACGUGGUUUAAGCGCGGUCUCGCGAACGGAGAUGCCUUGUGUCAGUACCAACUUGGCCUGAUGUACUUACAUGGAUAUGGUGUCAAGGAAGAUGCCUUCAAAGCUUCCGAUUACUUCAAAGCAGCCGCUGAUCAGGACUAUGCUGCUGCUCAAACUAGACUGGGCGCUCUUUUCCUCGACCAGGGAGACGUGUCAACAGCUACGAAAUAUUUUGAACUUGCUGCUCGAUGGGGUUGGAUGGAGGCAUUUUACUACCUAGCUGAAAUCGCCAAUUUCGGAAUUGGUGGAGAAAGACAUUGCGGUAUUGCAUCUGCAUACUACAAGAUAGUUGCAGAAAAGGCUGAACGAGUCCAUUCAUCUUUUACAGAGGCAAAUGAUGCAUACCAGAACGGCGAUUAUGAUACAGCUUUGAUCGCUACUAUGAUGGCUGCUGAGCAGGGAUACGAACAUGCCCAGGCCAAUGUUGCUUAUCUUUUGGAUGAGCAGCAGUCCGUUCUAUCAUUAAACAAGAUAAUUCCAUGGACGAAGAAACCUCGAUCGCCACUUCUCCAGAAUACUGAUUUGGCUUUGAUUUACUGGACUCGGUCGGCACGGCAAUCGAAUAUUGAUUCCUUAGUGAAAAUGGGAGAUUACUAUCUCAAGGGCCUGGGCUCGUCAGCUGAUGCCGAAAAAGCUUCUACAUGCUACCACACAGCGGCCGAGGCUCAUCGUAGUGCACAAGCCUAUUGGAACUUAGGCUGGAUGCAUGAAAAUGGCGUCGCGGUGGAGCAGGAUUUCCACAUGGCCAAGCGUUACUAUGACCUCGCUCUUGCAAAUAGCCAAGAGGCAUAUUUCCCGGUAAAGCUUAGUUUGAUCAAACUACGCCUACGCCAUUUCUGGAACCGUAUAACUAAUGGGAAAGUUAAUCCCAUUCAAGACGAGACAGAAAAUAAAGCCCCAAGGAGCUUCAAAGAGUGGGUCAUUGCAUUCUUGGAGAAUGAUGAAGAAGACACCCAAUACCACGCGCAGCUGUUCAGAGACCGCGAAGAGGACGAACUUCUCGGCACACACCAUCAUCACGACGAUAAUGAUGAUGGGUAUUACGACGAGCUGGAACUCGAAAUAGACGAGAGUGUUCUUGAAGCACUCAUCAUCGUUGCCCUUGCGGCAACAUUGUUGAUUCUAGUAUAUGUCAGACAACAACGGAAUCGGCAGAGGGAUAACAAUGAGAACGCUGGCAAUAAUGGCGGACAACUAGCUGGUGGAGGCCAGAAUGCAGCCAAUGGACAACAACAGCAGCAACAACAAGGCAACAAUGACAGAGGUUUCUUUCCUCAACGAGACCAACCUGAAUUUGCACAGUGGGUGGCAGGAGGAAUUGGGCAUUGAUGAUGGUGCUUGGGAGUAAAUAGACCGAUAAUUGUUUUGAAUCAUGAGCUUGUACUUUUUCUGUACAAUACAACAUUGAUACAUGUAGUGAAUAUACGUACGUUUGUCAGCUCCACGUGGCGCUUGUAGAUUUAAGCUUAUCGAUAGCACAAUCAACAGCUCGA